AUGAUCUAUGGUAUUGGGGUCGACAUAGUUUAUUUAAAAAGAUUUGAUAAGCUUUUGCUCAAAACGUUUUUGAAACCAGCAUUAUCAAAGUUACCAAGUCGGUCAACUACUUGUUUGAAUAAUACUAAUAAUACUUUAGAAAAAAUAUGCAAUAAAUUCAUGCAUAAAAACGAAUGGGAUUAUUUUUGCAACCAACUAGAAUCACAUAACGAAAGGGUUAAAUAUAUUGCUGGAGUAUGGGCUAUAAAAGAGUCUAUUUUAAAAACAUUACCCGAUGGUAACGAUAUUCUAUUACCACCAACGGUUACCAUUUAUACGAAAAUCUUUUAUAAAGGAGUAACUAUGAAAAAACAGGAUAAUGAUUUUAUAAGGGGAAACAAUAGUGUUUCAAGUAGUUCUAAACCUCGUAUUAUAAUAGAUGAAAGUUAUGUUGAAGAAAUGAUAAAAAACCGAGACAACAAGAAUAAGUAUAAGGAUUUUAUCACCAUGUUAGCAAACUCUAAGUUUCACGUUUCACUUUCGCAUGAUGGUGAUUACUUGAUAGCAUAUGUAGUAAGAGUAAAAGAUUUAUAA